GCUUCUGACAACGAAGCGAGCAGAACCGAUGACGAAGACGUUUCGCAUCACCGGACGAGAUACGCAGACAACUGGCGACCCAGGUCCCACAAGGGACACGGCGAGGAGCUGAGAAAGUCGCACACACAGCAGAUCCGCAAAAGCCACCAGGCGGUUGCGGAGGCCUUGGACGAAGAAGCUGCCGUCACGGCUGAUGGUCGCCGACAGUUGGCACGCAAAGGCACAGCCAAUCUGAUCGAUUCAGAGGAGUUGCCGGCCUGGAGAAAAUUAUGCCACAAACUGGUGAGCUGGCCUGGAUUUGACUCCUUUAUUGGCAUGAUCAUUCUGGCGAACGGCCUCACCAUCGGUGUCGACACGCAGGUGCAGGCUCGAAUCCCCUUGGGAUGCGACGAAAACUGUGUGUGCGUCCACCCGGGUACUGUGUGUCGACUGGCGGACCCUUGGGUUGCCAUUGUGGAUUAUGCCUUCUUUGGGAUCUACAUUCUGGAAUUAGUUCUUCGCUUUUGCGCCUUCGGCCCCCGUGUUGUGAAGAGCAACUGGGUGAAAUUCGAUAUGUUCCUGGUUGCCAGUGCAACCGCGGAUAUUAUACUCAAAGCGACUGCUGUCGAUGCUGAGUUUCUGAAGCAGGUGAUGCUGGUACGGCUGCUUCGAUUGGCACGGUUGGCAAGACUUGUGCGUUUGAUUGUCCAGUUCCAGACCUUGUGGAAACUGGUGAACGGCCUCAUGUCCUGUGCCAACACACUCUUUUGGACCUUCUUGCUGAUGAGCAUCCUUUCAUACAUCGGAGCACUCUUCGGGAUGGAUUUAUGUGACUACGACCUCUCCCUGCCACCAGACCAUCCAUACAAUGUAGCGGCUCUGGAAUACUUUCGCGGCCUGGACAAUUCCGUGUUCACCUUGGUGCAGCUCUUUACUUUCGACAGCAUUGCUGCCAUAUACCGACCAUUGGUCCAACACAGACCUUGGCUCUUCUUCUAUUUCAUGGCAGUGUUGCUUGUGCUUUCAAUCGCCCUGAUGAACCUCGUGACAGCAAUCAUGGUCGAAGGUGCUUUGGCCAUUGCCGAACAAGACAAGAGCUUGCGCAAGAACCACGAGCAGGCGAAGAAGAAACGCCAGAUGGCACAGUUGAAGUUGAUGUUUGAUGAGUUGGAUGAAGAUGGCUCCGGAGAGUUAACUCUUGACGAAAUCAAUGCUGCACCAGCAGAUGUGAUGCAGUCCCUCUUCGAGAUUGCAGGCACUGAGGACAUUCCAACCCUUUUCGAAAUGCUGGAUUACGAUGGUGGAGGAACAUUGGAAACGGAUGAAUUCUGCGAAGGAAUUUUCAAGGCCAGCACCAGCGCGAAGCCCUUAGAGUUGGAUCGUCUCAUGAAGCAAUGCAGAGACAUUUUGGGCAACUCUCGGAAGGCACUGGACAUCCUCUAUGGUGAUGGCGAGGGUGGGACGGCAAAGGCCAGAAAGUCAAAAAACCGGAGGAGUGAUUCGCACAGGUGCGUGCACUCAUCCGGCUCCGGCACAGACCACUCUGGGUCUGGAGGAUCUGCACGUGGAUCUGCCAUGACACCACGGAGUGCCCUUGCUGCGAGGGCUGGAGAUGUGUUUGCUGCUCAGGAUGGGAAGAACACGAUUGCAUCCAUGGAGUCCCGAGUGGAAGCUCUUGAGCAGAUGGCUCUCAACAUGCGGAGAGACACCGAAAAGAUCUUGGACAUGCUCAGGCUCGCGAAACCGAGAUCACCACGUCCUCGAGAAGUUUCAAAUUUCAAGAGGGCGAAGGGAGUUUGUCGUGGUCGUUCCCAUGAUGAACCCAUCGAAUGCGCUCCCUAUCCUCCAGAGGAGCGACCACCAUCUCCCCUGAUGGACAGCCGCAGGCUGCGAAAAAAACCACCCAUCGUUUACUCUUGGUCUGCGAAUCCACCUUUGGAUGAUGAUGAGGUAGUUCAUUUGCGCAGACGAGUAGCACAGCUUGAGGCAGAACUGCGCAAGCAGCAAAUGGAACAGGAAAGCUACAUGGAGUAUGGAGAUCAGUGA